GCGGUUUAGCAUCCAGAAUGAAGAUUUACAUCAGUCUCGCAGUAUUACUGUUGGGUCACUUUUCGGAAUCAGCGAACAACCAAUGUGGAGUACCGCAGGGUACCUGUGGCAUGGUGUGCCAAGGGUGCACCAGAAUACGUGUUUGUCCGGUUAUCGGGGAGCCACUAGUACUAAAUUGUCUAAACUACAAAUUCUGUAACACGUUGACGACUGCACCAUUUGUGGGAUGCGGAGAUGUUGUCCCGAUAGGCUGUGAAAUGCUGACGACAACGAUGUCUCCAGUCACUCCAACGGUAUUACCUAGUACCACGGAGCCGUCUACUAUGCAGCCUUCUUCAGCUGAACCUGGUACACAAGAACCAUCCACAGUGGAACCAAGUACACAGGAGCCAUCUUCCGUGCAGCCCUCAUCAAUAGUUCCAAGUACGCUAGAGACACCCACAGCAGAACCAAGCACUCAAGUACCAUCAACAAUUGAACCGUUGACACCAGAACCGUCAACUGUUGAACCAAGUACUGAAGUUCCGCCAACGGAAGUACCAUCCACGAUAGAUCCAAGUACACAAAAACCACCUACAGUAGAACCUACACCGGCGGAACCAACUACUCAGGCUCCAUCUACAGUACAGCCAUCUUCCGUUGAACCAAGUACACAGAAACCGGCAGAACCAACUACGGCAAUUCCCUCCACCGCCGAACCAAGUACACCUGAGCCAUCCACAGGGGAACAAAGUACCCAAAACCCGACUUCUCCGCUACCUUCUACAGCAGAUCCAAGUACUCUGGAGCCGUCCACUGCACAGUCUUCUACAGCUGAACCCAUUACACAAGAACCAACCACUGUCAAAUCAAGCACUGAAGCACCAUCGACUCCAGAACCAUCAACGGCAGAACCAAGUACUAAGGAGCCAUCAACUCCGCAACCAAGUACAGUUACACCGCCCCCCGUGAUUACUCCAAGUCCAGACACCAUUUUUUGUACCGGAACGGGUAUCUACCCGGAUCCCUACGACUGCACAAAGUAUCAUUUUUGCAAAGCAACGAAUGGUUAUUCAGCGAUACAAAGAUGCCCACCCAUAUACGUAUUCAAUCAAGUUUGGGCAGGCAGUAGUGGGUCUCCCUGUAUACCAUUCAUGAAUACGCCAUUCUAUUGUGUCAAGCUCAAUUGUACGGAAAGCCCGUCAGUGAAGCGGUAUGGUGCAAGUACGAAAUACUACGCGAACUGUAGCACCAACAGCACAACGGGAGAAAGCAAAUUAUUGAUAUACAAAUGCGACGACGGAGAAUCUUUUAAUGGAGCGGAGUGUGUGUAUACAUGUCCCAAUGAAGGGCUUUUUCCCAAGAUUGCGGAUCCCAAUAAAUAUUACCGGUGCUCCUGGUUUGGAGGUCAGCUGAUGAAUAGUGAGGAGAGUUGUCCUCCCAAAAAACUUUUCGACGUAAACGUUAAGGCCUGUCGUACGCCCAAGGUUACAUAACACAACUGGACUAUUGAUAAAGAAAACAUCUGGCGAAGAAGUAAGUAACUGAGUGUAGAUAAUGUUGGAAAACAAAUAAAUAAACGAAAUGCAAUAUGAAUAUUAUAAGUCAA